UGGGCAUAGUUUACGCACCCCUCGUCGUGAAUGGAACUUUAAUGUGCAUUUGUUUUUGUCUAUAAGAUUUGUCAGCGUUGGAAGCUAUUUAUUUCCUUUCUUUAACGUGAUCGUACUUGCAAGAAUGUAAAGCUUCCGUGAAAUCGCUUCAUUUUCAUAUUCGUUUUUGGUUGGAAGCAAGAAAUUACUGUUCAGCUGGAUUAUAAAAAAACCCCAGACAGCUGAUCACUGACUGCCUCACACCUGCUUCGAAUAAUAGAGAAUUAUUUAUCAAAGUGGGUUGAGAAGACAUUUUUAUUGCUGUAAGCCUUUUCAUAUAAACCGAAUUUGAUAAUGGCGUUGCCCAGAAAUCUUAUAUCAAAGAUCUAUGACAUUAAGGCACACGAUGGCAGAGUCACAAGCCUUGAUUUGGGCGAAACGGGACGCGUGCUGGUUACCGGGGGCGAGGAUCGCAAUGUCAACUUGUGGGCAAUUGGCCAGAAUGAGUGCUUUAUGUCUUUGACGGGACACAACCGGUCCAUUGACUGCGUUCGCUUCGCCUAUAAGGAUAAUUUCGUCUACUCAGCAGACGACAUCGGAAUUAUUCGAAGAUGGGACUUAAAUGCCCAAAAAAUCUACUCCACGCUUAACGGGCACAUGAAAAGUGUUCGUACCUUAGAUUUCAACCCAUCUGGGGAGUACGUGGUAUCCGGCAGCAAUGAUACAACUGUCAGACUUUGGGACGUGCAGAAUGAAAAUAAUUGCAUCAAGGUGUGCAGGGGACACAUAUCGUAUGUUAACUCAGUAAAGUUCUCUCCGGAUGGACUAUGGAUCGCCUCAGCGGGCUUGGAGGGAUCCAUAAUUAUCUGGGACAUACGAAAGAGCAAACAGAUCAUGGAAUUCCUAGCUGAGCCGCCGGUCAAGGCUAUUACCUGCAUUCAAUUUCAUCCAUUUGAAUUUCUCUUGGCUGCUGGACGAGUGGAUGGUACUGUGUCCAUCUAUGACCUUGAACAUCAACAGCUUGUGUCGCAAACUUCACAAUUCGGCGAGUCUAUUAAAUGCAUAACCUUUAGUGAAGAUGGAGAAUGCCUUUUUGUCGGCAGUGCUUCAGGCAUUUCAGUCAUUGGUUGGGAGCCUGAUCGUGAGCUAGAUCAUAUUAAGAGCAUUUGGACAUCUUUGGGUGACAUGAAAGUGGUUAACAAUAAGCUCAUUACCGGAUGUCAUGAGGAAGACAUAGUUUCAGUCAACACCAUCAGCUUAGAUCGUUUGAAUCCGUUUUAUCAAUCGGCGAAGGCGAUUCCCACAUUUAAGCAUAGCUCGACUAACAGAAAGAGUUUUUCACGUGGGAACCAAAAGAUUCUGCUGUCUCUCCAAGGAGGCUCAAAGACCGAACCGGUUCAAGAAGAGCAUGAGGGCAUCAAAGAGCAAGGCUUUGACGGGCUUUUGUCGCCUACUUUGAGUCUUGAGGUGGUAAGUGAGACAGUGUUAGAGUCUGGAGAGACGUCGCCGAUGUAUUCGCUUCCUCCUGUUAAUUUGCCUCUGCCUGUGGGUACGUCAUCGGACCUCGCACAUCCACAUGCUUUCUGCGGCGGGAUAGACUCUUCAUUAAGGCACGGAAAACUGACUCAUUUUUCAGAUAGCCUGCCGCACAACGACAACUAUGGUAUGGAAGUUGGUGGAUCCAGUCGAUAUUUAAGAAUGGCCGGACCAAACUCCCUUCAUGCACCAGAUAACUACAAUAUAUACUCCCUUGGAAAAAAAGUUGAGACUGAGGCAGAAGAACAGCAUGUGGAAAUCAACUUGAACGAGAGCAACCCUCCAAUACUCUUUAACUAUGAUAACUAUGAUAUAGUCGAAGACUUUCCGGUCAACCAAAAUCUAAACAGCAACAAUUGCAAACCCGGGUCUACCACCUCAACCAUUAAUGCAUCGUCAAAGUCUAUUAAGAAAAGCACGAAUAAUUUUCACAAAAGAACAACAAACAGUAUGGUCAGCAACAAGCAGACGACUACAGGUAUUUUUGGUGGCAACAAGCUUAGUCAAGUAUCAUCGGUUAGUUCGAUGGAGUUGCAUAAACUAGACGACAACAUGGUCCUAAAGAAGUCUUCUUCGUCGAGCGUGGUCAAUAGAAACAAGCGUUCAAUAGGCUCUCAACUGUAUAAGGAAAAUAGUCAGCAAAAGAACAUAAACGAGGAAAUUAUCACGAAACCGAUCCGGUCUCGCACCACUUUCGACAUGCGCGCGCCACGUCCAAACAAAGCUCUGGAAAAGCAUAUUAGUUCGACAUUAAGCCACGAUCAUAAUGACUUUGAUAUGCUUUCGAGAUCCCACGAUGCUGUACUGCAGGAACUCAGCUACCGCCAGACCAGUCUGGAUAGGCUGCGCAAUUCCACACGGUCCCACGAUGUUCUGGGUGCUUUGAGGCAAGCAAAGAAUACCGGAAGAUCUAUUUUUAUAGAUUUGCUUGGAGCCAUUCUUGAAAAACCAUCCUCAUGGAAUUUAGAUUUCUGCAUGUUUGUGUUACCAGAGAUUUAUGAGCUUUUACAAAGCCAACAUAAGUUCCACUUCACAAGAGCCUGCGAUGCACUGCGCAUAAUUCUUUCAAAUUUCUUGCCAACCAUCCAAGAAAACUUAGAUUCUUGGGCUGCAAAUGGCCUUGGUGUCGAUGUGACCCGUGAGGAUCGUCAACGAAAGUGCGUCGAGUGCCAACGGUGGCUGCUUCAGAUCAAAAACUUGCCCGAAAGCAUCCAUUUGGGGACUACGUUGUCCCAGCUUCAAAACAUAAUUAUUUUUUAAGGUCUACGCACAUGUAUCUGUGAAUUAUCCUUCGGGUUCUUCGGGCAUUUGAUCAUUUUAAUAAUAGUCAAAAAAAGAAAACCACCAGCUUCCUGUAAACUGCGUAGAAACAGAGUUAAAGGGAGUUGCCUCAUUUGUCGCUCUAAGCUGCCAAAAAGAAUUUAAAACAAUUAAUGAUUUAGAAUAGUUGUUCGGAAGCGAACUCUUCCGAACCCUGUUGGUCAGCACUAAAAAUUUAAGUCAUUAAAUGAUUUAUAGAAUUCAACUAAUUUAUAAAAUUAUUAUAUAAGUAAAAAGUUAUAAAAAUACUUGUAAAAUUAUCAAUUUAUGACAGUUUUUAACCUGAGGAAUGAAUCUUUCGGGCUUUAGUGUACUGAUCUUGAAAUAUGGGGGCAAUCAGAGUUAGAAAGACCAAAUCCACCUGUUUGGUGGCCGUCAUUCUAUAGAAAUCCAUUGAAUAUCAUAAUCUAAUUUUGCGUUCAGGAUAGAAUACAAAGAUUGGAAUCUUAAAACGUCUUUGGUUUGGAAUGAAAAAAAAGACCACCACAUUCGACUAUAUAUGUACAUACAUAUACCCGGUACUUUUCUGUUUGGCUCCACACGCUUUUUCUUUCUAUAAAGCCCCACAGAUUUGUAUAUAUUUGGCAUAAUGAACAAUUUCAUUUUGGAAUUGGAAAAUAAUAUAUUUGAUAAAGGACUCAGCGUAUAUAUGUUUGCACUGCGAGCAUUAGUCACCAGAAAAAAUAUUUUCUUUUUUCUUUGAUUAAAUUUACUAAUCCUAAUAAAUGUACUAUCCUAAUAUUUUUAAUUGUGACUUAACCCCGAUCAGACAUUUCGUUCAGAAUUUAUUCAAGAAAUAAAUUUUUCCCGGUUUUAUACCCUUGCAGAGUGUAGUAAAUGCAUAAAGGACCUUAUAAAGAAUAUAUUUUCUUGAUCAGGAUCACCUCUUAAGUCGCUAUAAGCAUGUUUGUCGUUCUUUAUGUCUGCCUCAAUUUUUCUGCCAAAUCUUGCACCCUUUCUUCUUUCUUUUGCACGCAUUAUUACCCGUGCGGGACUAUAUCCUAUGCCUGCCAUAUACUGCUAUGCCACAACCUUGGUAUUUUUUAAGAUAGAAGCUUGGGACUUGACCAAUUUUUUUUUAUUUAAAAUUAAGUAUUUAGUGACACUCUCAUAAGGAUCGGCCAGAUAUCCGAUCCGAUAUAUAUAAGGUUGUCCAAAAUGUCUUGCGGUAUUUCCGAUAGGUGUCUUUGCAAGCGCGUAGUUCCAGUUCUAUUCGUCGCAUUGGUUCAUGCAUUACCUUUUUGGAAAGCUUUUCACGCUAACAAGUGUUUUAUUUAUUUUGUUUGUUUUGAGUCGUUCGUGAGUUAUAAUGUCGCAAACAUGGAGCAAAAUAAAGAGAAAAUACGGCAUAUUUUACAUUACUACUAUGAUAAAGGCAAAAAUGCAACUCAUUCUGAAAAUAAAAUUUGUGUAGUUUAUGGACCCACCGCUGCAUUUAUGCAGUUUCCAUUUCCACCGCACAACGAUGGUUUCAACGUAUUCGUUCUUUGGACCUGUACUCCCAACAACUGGACCGCUUGAAUGCAGCACUCAUGCAGAAGAGGCCAUCUUUGAUCAACAGAGGCCGAAUUGUCUUCCAUCAGGACAACGCCAGGGCACACACAUCUUUGAUGACACGCAGGAAGCUCCGGGAGCUCGGAUGGGAGGUUCUUUUGCAUCCACCGUAUAGUCCGGAUCUCGCACCAAGUGAUUACCAUCUAUUUCUGUCCAUGGCAAACGAGCUUGGUAGUCGGAAGUUGGCCACAAGAGAGUCCUUUGAAAAUUGGCUCUCCGAGUUAUAGGAAACCGAGCUUCUAUAAGCGAGGCAUUAUGAAGUUGGCAUCUCGUUGGGAACUCGUCAUCGAACAAAACGGCGCAUAUUUGACUUAAACCGCAUUAUUAUAACCAAUUUUAUGAACAAUUCAAAAUUCAAUAAAAAUACAGCAAUACUUUUUUGACAAUAAUAUGUACUGCUACUUGACUGCAAGGGUAUUUCACCUUCGGUUCUGGAUGAAGUUGUAUCUCAAUUUUCCACAAAAAAGAUUAGCCAUUGAGGGCGUGCUUUUCCUAUUAGGAGUCGGUCUUACAUAUGACAAAAGACCCAUGGAUCAGCAUGGACACCUUUUGAAGAGUGUAAACUGUCAAGCAUAGGGGCCCUCCAUCAGCACAACGAUGCAAAAGGUCAAAGAAAAGUCAAUGAGCGUGUUUUUGAGUGACUUGAGCAGUCGUCUGUAGAGGUGCAAAAACAUCGAUGUAUGGCAUCAUAAAAACAUCAUGAACUCAUAAAAAUAACUUAGCAAACUUAUAACUGAGAUCAUUUUCUAUAAAGUUCCGAAACAUUAUUAAAAUAUUGUGAUUUAUAUUCAUAAACAUUAUCUUAUCUAUCAUAAGAAGUGGCAGGCAAUCACAGAAAUUUCUGAGCGACUUCAUUGAAGGGCGCCAAUAUUGUAACUUGUACCUUUCAAUAUUAUAUGCUGCCUAAUAAUAAUAUAAUUACAAUAUAUAAAAUAUCUGCUGUUUUGCGUAGGUACGUAAGGAAGGAAAUGUACGUAGGAAAUGUUUAGGGUUUCUUUAAUCUUUAAUAAAUUAUUAUUUCAUA